CUCAACGUCUUUAUUGUGGAGCACCACGGACACGUUCCCAGCUUUCACAUCGUAUAUUCUCUUUGUAGCUUGCGUAUUCUUACUGUGGUGGCGCGAGCAUCGAGCUCUCCGCCUGCCUCCAGGACCUCCGCGGCUUCCGAUACUGGGCAACGUACACCAAAUCUCGGAUGCCUAUCAGCACGAGACGUUCACUGAGUGGGCAAGGAAAUACGCUCUACCAUACAGGUGACAUGGUCUACGCACGAUUUCUCACCCGAGACGUCCUGAUCAUCAAUUCCGCUGAGGCUGCGAGGGAACUCAUGGAACAGCGGGGUGCCAAAUACUCCGGACGGCCCCUUUUCACCUACAUCUGCGAUCUCGGCGGCUUCAGCUGGAACAUCGGUUUCAUCACAAACGACGACCGCUGGAAGCGCCAUCGCAGAUGGUUCCAGCACAGCUUCCAAACGAAGGACCUUCUCGAUGGCUACGUCCCUAUCCAGCAACGUGAGACACGCAGACUUCUCGCGGACCUGGUCCGAGAGCCCAGCGCGUUCAUGGACCAUCUCAAGCGCUUUUCCGCUGCGGUGAUGCUCGAAAUCGGGUACGGCCAUACGGUGACGUCCAUUGACGAUGCGCACAUCCGCAAAGUAGAUAGUGCAUUGGCGGGGCUUUUCGCAGCCGGGACCCCUGGCUCUAUGCUGGUCGAUUUCUUCCCCAUCUUGAAAUAUGUGCCAUGGUGGUUGCCUGGUGCGGGCUGGAAGCGGACUGCGAUUCGCCUACGUCCUGAUAUCGAUGCUAUGAAUCUCGACCCCUUCAGGUCUGUUAUAAAGACUAUGGCAGCGGGUAGCGUCAAGCCGUCUUUCGCGGCCACGCUGUUGGAGGAGGCUCCCAUAGAUGAACCAAUCUCACCCACGGAAGAGAGGGAAAUGAGUGGCGCAGCGGGUGUGGUCUAUUCAGCGGGAACGGAGACAACGGUCAGCGUCCUCGCUGUCUUUGUCUUUGCUAUGGUCCGCCAUCCGGCAGUCUUCAAGAAAGCGCAGGAGGAGAUCGAUCGUAUCGUCGGGACAGGAAGACUGCCUCAGAUGGAUGACAGAGAAGCACUUCCGUACCUCGAAUGUGUGCUGAAGGAAGUCUACAGAUGGGGUGUUCCGAUCCCUCUGAGCAAGUUAUCUUAGGACGACUACAAUGGUUACGACAUUCCUAAGGGCGCGACAGCCAUACCGAACAUUUGGGCUAUGUCGCGCGACGAUGCAAUAUACGAGGACCCUGACGACUUCAAGCCAGAACGCU